AUGCCUGCCGCCGUUGGUACGAAGCCGGUCCUGCCACCGCUGCAAACACCGAAGACGGCCUCUUUUCCAUCCGAGAUCGUCGAGACACCGGUCUCAGCAUGUAUCUCUGCGCUCGUGAAGCAGGAGCAGAGCUUGCAGACUCCAAUCACACCUCCUGCAGCAUACACGGAUUUCCUCAAGGCACUUACGCCCGUGCUGGCUAGCCCUCCACCAAGUGCGUUGUCCCGAUCAGUAUCAGAUGAGUCUACAUCAAGUCGGUGCAGCGUUACUUCAAUGCCCACCAAUACAAUCCCAGAGCCUGUCGCUGCAGAAGACAGAAAGCCGCCGCGUAGUGCUGGCUCUCUACCACCUACCCCAUUUCGAAGAUCAUCAUCUGGACUCAGAAGACUCAAAAUACCACAAUCGCCAGCGUACUCUCCAAGUACGUGCGGGCCUUCUCCACGAACAGGAGUCAGUAGCAUGCCACACGGAAGCGCCAUCUUUUCACCUUUCUCGCCGGCUGACUGGAGUCUCGACAGCUCCUCCCGCAGAUUCUGCGACACCCCGGCAAGUGCCUGCAGCAAUCCGGUGAGUGUGCGCUCCGUUGUUACGAGAACCGUCACAUAUAAACGCUCCCCACCUUUGGACCCAGCACCCAGAGGCAAGCGAAGGAAAAUAUCGGAAGAGGCAGGCGAAAUGCCACCGCCUUCCACUCCGACCGUGACAGCCCCUACUGUGGUUGUCUAA